AUGCAUAUCAAAACGAUCACGAUUCAGGGCUUCAAGUCCUACAGAGAUCAAGUGGCUGUUGAUCCAUUCUCCCCAGGUCAUAAUGUAGUCGUAGGAAGAAAUGGAAGUGGAAAAUCCAACUUCUUUUCAGCAAUUCGAUUCGUUCUGUCUGAUCAAUACACGAAGAUGAAUAGAGAGGAGAGACAACGAUUGCUUCAUGAAGGAACAAGUACCACCACAACCAUGUCAGCUUAUGUAGAAAUAGUCUUUGACAAUACCGACGGACGAUUCCCAACUGGUCGACCUGAAUUAGUACUGCGAAGAACGAUAGGAUUAAAGAAAGAUGAAUAUUCACUGGAUCGAAAAAGUGCCAGUAAAUCUGAAGUGGAUCAGUUACUGGAAAGUGCCGGUUUCUCAAAGAGUAAUCCAUACUAUAUUGUACCUCAAGGAAGAAUUACUCAUUUAACAAAUAUGAACGAUCGAGAAAGGUUGCGUCUACUAAAAGAUGUAGCAGGUACAGAAGUUUAUGAACAGAAGAGAUCAGAAUCCACGAGACUCAUGGAAGACACAGACUCAAAAAGAGAUAAGAUUGCUGAGAUCCUCGCUACGAUUGAAGAAAGAUUGAAUGAGCUGGAUGAGGAGAAACAGGAUUUGAAGGAAUACCAAGAAAAGGAUAGAGAGAGAAGAUGUUUGGAGUAUGCUUUACAUCAGAGAGAUUUGGAGGACGUCACUGCUGCUUUGGACGAGGUCGAGACCGAACGUAGAAAUGAUAUACAUAACUCCAAUCAGAAAAGAAAGGAGUUCAAUGAGAGAGAGGAGGAAGUGCAGCAAUACGAAGAAUCUCUGACUACCGCCAAACAUGCUCUCUCAACCACCCAACUUGCUCUGCGGCAAUACGAAGCUGAAAUGGCUGAUCUCGUACGAGCCAGAACCGAGAUACAAUGUGUCAUUGACGAUUUCUCAGCUGCUGGUGAAGCUGGAGAAUCGAGACGAGCAGAAGUUGCUGCAGAAUUAGAAUCGCUUGAAGAGCGGAUUCAAGAAGCCAACGAGAGAUUGGAUGGACUUGUGGAUGAGGCAGAACAAAGUCUGAGAACGGAAAAGCAAGCAAGAGAAACGCUCGAAAUAACUCAAUCCAAACUAGCCGUUCUUUUCGCUAAACAAGGUCGAGCUCAACAAUUCACUACCAAAGCAGCAAGAGAUAAAUACUUGAACGGAGAAAUCAAGGCUUUGAAAGAUUACGAAAAAGACCAACAGAAACGAGUGAAUUCUCUUCAGACUGACCUCAAUAGUGCUAGGGACCAACUCGCACAGGUCGUGACACAAACCAAGGAGAGAGGUCAGGAGGAAACGGAAAGGAGAGAAAAACUGAGAACUAUGGCGGAAUCAGUGACAGCUCUGAAAGGGAAUUUGGAUGGAAUGCAAGAGAGAAGAAAAGAGCUGUGGCGAGAAGAUGGAAAGCUUGGUCAGACAGUCUCAAACGCCAAAAGCGAGAUGGAUUCCGCUGAGCGAUCUUUAUUGGGAAUGAUGGACAAAGACACUAGCAACGGUCUCAGAGCUGUCAAGCAUAUUGCCAAACGUCUGAACAUCGAUGGUGUUUACGGGCCUCUGUACGAACUCUUCGAAGUCUCAGACAGAUACAAGACUGCAGUCGAAGUGACCGCUGGAAACAGCUUAUUCCAUGUUGUUGUCGACAACGAUGAUACAGUCUCAAGACUGCUUGAGGUGAUGAACCGCGAAAAGAGUGGAAGGGUGACCUUCAUGCCUCUCAAUCGACUCAAGAGCCAAACUUUUAAUUAUCCCAAGGCGAACGACGCCGUGCCUUUGAUUCAUAAGCUAAAGUUCAACAGAGAAUAUGUCAUGGCGUUCGAACAGGUGUUUGGUCGUACCAUUGUGUGUGACGAUCUUCAAACGGCUGCCCAAUAUACUCGAAGUCAUAACCUCAAUUCUGUAACCAUGGAAGGUGAUCGAGUAGACCGCAAAGGUGCUCUUACUGGUGGUUAUCAUGACGUUCGACGUUCACGACUUGACUCUGUCAAAGCAGCCAAGAAAUGGCGAAAUACCUAUGAGAAUGAUUCUACUAGGCAUCAAGAGGUGAAAGAUGGAAUCACCAAACUUGACGAAGAUAUCUCUCGAACAAUGGGUCAGAUCCAAGUCUUAGAAGCUAAACGAAAGCAGAAUUUGGAUGGACGAGGUAUGAUGUCAGCCCGAAGUAAUUGGGGAGCUCGUGAUGAAGAAGGCGCGAAAGAUAGAGUCAACAAAUUGGCACAAGCUUUAGAAGAUGCUGAAGGAGAGUUGAGGGAUGCUGGCGCGAAGAGAGCAUCUUAUGAGGAAGAAUUGAAGACCCCAAUGAGACAAAGAUUGACUGAUGAGGAAGUUGCUGAAUUAGAGAAUCUGACUGAAGAUGCAGAGACCCAAAAGAAGGUUCUAUUGGAAGCUACUCAGGCUCGAACCAAGAUAUCAGGUGAACGAGACAGACUGGAAAUUGAACUUACUGAAAGUUUGCGAAGAAGAAGAGAAGAACUCAGAGCGAGACUGGAUCAAAUGGAAGGUGAUGCUGGAAGUGGUGUACUGCAAUCUGGCGAAAUCGAACUUCGCAAUAACGAAUUGAGGAAUCUCGUCCGAUCGAUCGACGAACUUGGUGAACAAGUUACUGAAAGCGAAAUCCGGAUCGAAGAACUCACGACCGAGAUCGCUAAAAUCACCGAAGAUCUGGAUCGAGUUCAAUCUGAACAACUUGAGAAUACACGAGCGAUCAUGAGAGUACAAAAGAAUGCUGAGAGGUAUUUGACUAAGAGACAGACACUCAUAAAUCGCAGAGAAGAAUGUAAUAACAAAAUCAGAGAUUUGGGUGUACUACCAGAAGAAGCUUUCUCUAAGUAUACCGAUCAAAGAUCUGAUAAGAUCGUUAAAAGACUCCAUAAAGUUCAAGAUUCACUCAAGAAAUAUGCGCAUGUGAACAAGAAAGCGUUUGAACAAUAUAACAAUUUCACCAAACAGCGUGAUGAUUUAUUGGCUAGAAGAGAAGAACUAGAUGAAUCUGCUGAGAAGAUUCAAGAAUUGAUAGUUACAUUGGAUCAAAGGAAAGAUGAAGCUAUUGAAAGAACCUUCAAACAAGUUUCCAAAUAUUUCGAAGAAGUAUUCGAAAGAUUGGUUCCCAAUGGUAAAGGAGAAUUGGUUAUGCAAAAGAGGAUCGAAGGAUAUGUGGACGAGGAAUCAGAAGAGUCUGGACUUGCAGGUAGAGAAAUAUCAGAGAUCGACAACUACACAGGUGUGACAAUAAAGGUUUCGUUCAACUCCAAAGCAGAUGAAGGACAACGUAUACAACAAUUAUCUGGUGGACAAAAAUCACUCGUCGCUCUUGCAUUGGUAUUCUCGAUCCAAAAAUGUGAUCCCGCACCGUUCUAUUUGUUCGACGAGAUUGACGCAAAUCUAGAUGCUCAAUAUAGGACGGCUGUAGCGGGAAUGAUUCAUGACCUCUCGGAAAAUGCUCAAUUCAUAACCACAACUUUCAAAUCUGAGAUGUUGGCUCAAGCAGACAAGUUCUAUGGAGUGUUCUUCAACAACCAGAAAGUCAGUAGCAUCAAAGUCAUCGAAAAGGAUGAAGCUAGUGAAUUCGUUGAGACUGCUGCUCAAGUUGGACAAUUGUAA